AUGAAAGGGUUCGUAGAGUUCGGCUCUUUGACGGCACUUAUGGGUCCGUCCGGUGCGGGAAAGACAUCACUAUUACGAGCAUUGAAUGGCAUGAAUAAGACAUUAAUUACCAAGAAAUCAGAAAUCUAUUUAAAUGGAGAAAUAAAAAUCAGGGCCUGUUUUAUAGCUCAGGACCAAAGGGAACACAUUAUGGCCGGAAUCACUACAAGACAGGCCAUCAUCUAUGCCUCAAAACUUAAAAAUAGUGACACCAAUAGUAAUGUUAAUCACGAGUCUAUUGCCGACAAAUUGAUGUCUGAGUUGUGUUUAAAUGAUAUUUCGGCCAUAAAUGUGGAGAAAUGCAGUUCUGGUCAACAAAAACGUAUUGUAAUAGCAAUGGAAAUGACGGCUGAAAUCAAACCAAAUCUUAUUUGUGUUGACGAACCGACUUCUGGUGUCGACAGCUAUUCAGCGCUUUUGAUGAUAAAAUGCUUCAAACGAUUGUCCCGUAAACACAAUGUAUCGAUGAUUGCAUCCAUACAUCAGCCAAACCUCGAAAUCCUAAUGUUAUUCGAUAUGUUGUAUAUAUUGGCCAAAGAAGGAGUCGCCGUAUACUCGGGUCCGCCCCGGGGUUUGCGCUCACAUUUAAGUGAAUGCAAUAUUCAAUGCAAUGAAAACCAAAUACCGAUUGAAGUACUCAUUAAACUGUCGGCCAACGGAUCCAGUGAUGAAAACGUGAUGAUAAUGUCUCAGAAGACAAAUAAGAUAAUAAACAAAUACAUUGAAAGGAUUCGCACAGAACUGGAUAUCUCUUCGGACGGAAUUAUUGUUUAUUUUAAACACUUUUCUGUCACUGAAUUCCUAUACCUAUUGUCGAGAGCCGUCACAAACUUCCGACGACACGAGUGGCGCAUAAUAUUGAUUUGCCAUAACGGCUGGUAUUCCGUGGAAUCGUAUUUUAUGGUCAAAUUUCUGGUCAAUAUUAUACCCAUUUUAGUGACCAAUAUUUGUCUGUCGUUUAUAAUCGAUAUCUACGACCGAUUGGACGCAAUGCCGGCCGCGAUCUUUAUGGUCAUUACAUUGGCUUCAGUGGCCAUACAAAGGAUCUGUCACUCAAUUUGUAUAUGUUUUCCCCGACACACGGCUUCCGCAGCCAUAAUGUUAGUUGUUUUGGAUACCAUCACUAACCCUAACCUAAUACGAGUGCGUGGAUUCUCACCCGUGAUAAAACACUUGACCAAUUUGUCGCCAAUCAAAGCCGUGUUUAGCUAUUUGCAGGUCUAUUUGUACGGUCGCGGCCGGUGUCCGACCGGUACUCACAUAUCGUCUGUAUUAUACAGAAGUCAACUGAUGGACAAAGAUCUGGAUAAGUUGUGGCAUAAUUAA